AUAUCUUUUCUGCUUGGCGCUGAGAUGGGAUUCCGAGUAGACCGUGGCGGAAUAUUUAUCCUUUCCCCCCUUAAUAUGUUUUAUAUUUUUUCGCGAUCACAAAUGUAAUCGGGAGAAAUCUUCAACGUCGCUUCGUCUUUCUUCUCCUUGAUUCAGUUUGGGGCGCGACCCACAAUCUAUUUCGCUUGUGCAGAUUCUGAGGAGAUCUAGGUGUUCAUGAUUUUUUAUUUGGAGCCCUUCACACUUUAACAAUGGAAAGUUUGGUGAUCAUAUUGGAAAAUUAUGAUAUUUGGGAAGGUAUUGUGAAUGAAUGUGAUUAAAAGAGUGAAGAACUUUAGACAUGACAUCUACCCACUUUUAAUGGGAACGAAUGGAAACUCGGCCAGUUUUUCCUAUUCAGAGUUCAGAAGCAAAACAGAUGAGUGAUAUGGCUUCAUCUGUAGGAAGAUCGUCUGUGUCACUGUUGUCUACACGCCUUGAAGAACAGUAUUCAAAAUUGGCAGAUUUUCAACAAGUUUCAUUUGAAAAUGAACCUUGGAGGAACCCCAUAGCACAGGAUGAAGCAUCUACCAUGUCAAGCAGUGGCAUUAUUGGAAGUACGUUUUCAACAAAGUCAGGCUUGACUAGUGAUGCACAGUAUACUGAUUCUUCUCCACAAUGGCAUCCCAGAAGUGAUCUACUUUUGCCUCAGGUGUCAAAUAAUGAAACAUCUUUUGGCCAGCCGCUUAGUUCAUGCUCCGCAUUGUUUCAAAGUGGUUCACCCAGAAAUUUUACAAGAGAAAGCAACAAUGCAAUGUGGCCAGAAGAAUCAUUCUUUCUUGAUUUUUGUGAUCCAGUUGGUGGUCAAGAUGGACAGGUUCAAGGUGAUGUUACAACUGUCCCUCAAGGGCAGGCUGGUCAUAGUGAGCUUGCAGAAUGGGCCAAUCAGUUUAUGACGAAUGAUUCUUUAGGAGUCAAUGGUUGGAAUCAAUUGAUUGUUGAACCUGAUCCAGAGCCAAAGCAGGAAGGUAAAGCACCUUCCACAUUCACAGUUAGCCAACCUAAAAUCAAUCAACAGGUUCCAAGUCUUUCAGGAGAGGCUCAUACAGCAAGCCCAUCAAUUGCAAAUGGGAACCAGAACAAGCCUCGCAUGCGCUGGACCCCAGAACUCCAUGAACGCUUUAUUGAUGCUGUGAACUGUCUUGGGGGCAGUGAAAAGGCAACCCCAAAAGCUGUUUUGAAUCAUAUGAAUGUUGAGGGCUUGACCAUUUACCAUGUUAAAAGUCACUUACAGAAAUAUCGAACAGCUAGGUACAGGCCAGAAACUUCUGAAGUAAAUGUGGAGAAAAGGACAAGACUCGAGGAAGUGUCAUCUCUAGACCUGAAAACGAGCAUUGAGAUUACUGAAGCGUUGCGACUACAGAUGGAGGUCCAGAAGCGUUUGCAUGAACAACUGGAGAUUCAGAGAAACCUACAGUUGCGAAUUGAAGAACAGGGCCGGUAUCUCCAGUUGAUGAUUGAAAAACAAUGCAUGUCUGCGGACAAGUUGAAAAUGCAUUCUUCGUUGGAUGAUGAGACCACUGCUGGUCCCUCUGACAUAGCCAAGUCUUCCAUAAAAAAUGUUCCAACGGAAAAAGAUCCAACGGGGAAAGAAAUACAUAUUGUUUCUGAAAAGGCAGAAGACGAUGCUCAAAAUUCUAGCAUUAGACAGAUGAUGCCUGAAAUGGGUCUGCCAAAUUGCAGUGGGGAAAUGACUGAUUGGCAGGACCCACCACCCACCAAGCGCUCAAAGGCAUCCUUGAACUAAUUAUGUCGAUUUGCACAUCAGUUGCUCUGCUGGGGCUCAUCCGUGAAAUCGAGCAUAUGCAUGCCAAGGCUCGGAAGCUUCCUCAAGUGAGAUGGUUGGGCAAACAAGCUUAGUUACAGAUUGGUGAAGCAACAUCUGGCAAUAAUAGUUUCUUGAUAGCAUGUUUUCUUCCAAAAAAAAAUAAAAAAAUAAAAAGGGAAGAAGCUUACUGACAUACAGAAGAAUGUUGAUCUUGUUCCUGGAACGAGGUUAUGUAUCCAACACAUCUUGUUCAUGGUGAUUUUAUGUAUCAAUGUGGAAUGCUGAGGCUGUGUUGUGGCAGAGAGCCAUUAACAGCUCAAAUAAGUUGGCAAGGGCUUCCAAGCAGCCAAUAAUGGUUGGCCAUGUUACCUUAGUUUACUGUAGUUCCAGCUAUAUGUUCCACUCAUGUUAAAUAAAAUCUCUCUCUCUUUCUCUC